AUGAUUCCUAAAUGGGUAAUUACUCUGAACGUCGUUAUAUUUUUUGUGUUCGUUCAAUCGACAGUUGCUUCUCCUUUACCAGCCUCUGCUGAGGAAGACAAACCUUACGUGAAUCAAACCGCCACCACUUUGAAGGUAAUUGUGAAAGAGGAAAAAGAAGUGACUACACCUCUAGCAGAAACAACAGCUUUUGUUGAUGUGACUAAUGGAACUACGAUACAAGAAGAGGAAGAAGCAGCGGAAUUUGAAAGGCCUGAUGCUGUAGAAGGAGGCAAAGCUGAAGAGUCUCAGAAAAAUGCAGAGACCGUCCCGAACGAGCCUCCAGUUCAAGAAGGCGAGGGAGAGGCACGAGAAGAUAUUGAGCCUGAUGAAGGAGACAGCAUCAAAAAAAUGGUGGAAGAUGCAAAAGGAAAUUCUAACAACGAGAAUAAUGUUAAUUUACAGCCUAACUCACAGUUUCGGGUUGAAGAAGCUCCCGAUUCGAAUUUUCUAACUUUUCUGAUGGUAGCUACAUUGUUGGUAGUUUGUAUCUAUAUCAUUCAACAUAAUAAGAAGAAAAUCCUAGGUUUUGUAUUUGAAGGAAAAACAGGUAGGAAUGUGAGGUAUCGGAGGUUGAGUCAGCAUGAUGAUAGGGAGGAUAUAAUUUACUGA